AUGUCCAACGGCCAACCUCCUCCAACUCAAGACGACUUCUACUAUGGCUUCGAUGAGCUGGGUCUCGGUGUCUUCCCUGACCUGGCGGCUGCUACGCUGCCUGCAGACGGCACCGACGACGUAGACAUGAUGGCAUUCUUCAAUCCGUUCUUCGGCGCGCCACUCGACCCUAUGUCCAUGCCCAUGACCUUCUCCGCCGGCCCCGGUCCCAACGCUCUCCUGAGCCCUUUUCCAACGGUACCCGUUCCAGGCUUUGCACCGCCAGCCGCCCAUGUUCCUCUAGCCCCGCCGUCUGACCAAGCGCACUUGGCCCAUCGAGCAUUACCCCAGGAGGUCCCUAACACUGCCGGCACCGCGCCCUUCGGUUCCUUUCUCCCAGACCCGGGCAACGCCCCUCCAGAUCCCGCAACGGCACCACCCUUACCAGCACAGCUCAUGCCGGCGCCAGCAGGAGCCUCCAGCAGCGGUACUAGCGCAGCGACGGACUUUACGAAGAGAAGAAACUGGCCGGCGAAGCUUCUUGAUGAGAUGAAGGAUCUACUCCAGAUACUCGACGGGGACGGCCGCAUCAAAUACGUCUCCUCCAAUGUGACGCAACUGCUGGGCUACCAACCGGAGGAACUCAGGGAACAUUUCCUCAAAGACUUUGUUCACCCUGACGAUGUGGGUCUCGUGAUGGCCGAGAUGAACGAAUCCAUCGCAUCUGGCGAGUCAAUGAGGGUCUUUUAUAGGUUUAGAAGAAAGGAUGGUAGCUACGCCAUUUUUGAAGCGGUCGGUCACUCCCAUAUUGCGACGCCAGGCUUUGCUCCGAACCCACUCAACAGGUCGCCGUUCUGUCAGGCCGUUUUCGUCAUGUCACGCCCAUACCCGACUAAAAACGCUGGUCUUCUAGACAGUUUCUUGGAGCACAAGAUUGAAAACGACCGACUCCGGCGUCGCAUAGCGGAGCUACGGGCGGAUGAAGAGGCCGAAGAAGCAGAGGCGCAACGACAAUGGAAACAGCGCCGCAACAGCAGCAGGUCGGAACUAUCAAGAUCCGAGGAGAUGAGGACUAUGGCCUCAUCAUCGACGAGUGGGACAGCCCACUCUAACACGCAAGGUAACACGCAAGGUGGGGGAUAUGGCGGGCUGAUGCCGCCGCCGGAUAGGCCGUCUAGAAGCGGAGCUCUGACGAGAGAGAAUCUAGAAGGUGCUGCAGGAGGCCGACCCGAUUCGCUAAGGGACAAAAUGGCUAGGUAUGAGGGAGGGUCUCGCGCCGAAACGAUCGAAAUGCUCACGGGGCUGAAAUAUGUCGACGGAGAGCGCAGCCGCAGCCAGACGACUGGCCGGUCAAGUCCGCAGCUGAUUACGGGAGAUGCGGGAAUCGCAAUUCUCGUUGGCCGCGAGCCACGUUCCAGCGAUAAGAAAAAGAAAAAGAAGCAAAAACUGGUUGAAGACUACGUCUGUACUGAUUGCGGAACCCUCAACUCUCCAGAAUGGAGAAAGGGACCCAGCGGUCCGAAGACCCUUUGCAAUGCAUGCGGAUUGCGCUGGGCCAAGAAGGAGAAGAAGAGGCAGCUUAGUCUGACGGGCGCCUCUAACGCACCACCUCAGUCCAGUAGCGACCAUGCCAUGACCGGGUAG